GACACUGACUUCUUAACUUCUCAAAGACACCAAGAGCUUCUAUUGAUGUUUGCCACAGACCACAGCCUCUGACGUAACAUAUUCUCUCUCUGCAACUUUUAUUUUCUUCAUUUUCUGUGUGUCACAACUCACAGCCUCCAUAUCUGAAUUCUGAUCUCUCUCUUACACAUACAUACGCCUUUUGACGCUCCAAAAAUCUUCAAAAAGUCUCUGAAAAGCACACCAGCACAAGAACCUUAUUCCCAUACAUAGAAUCCAGCCACUUCUGCCGCCGCCACCACCACCACCACUAUCUUCAGAACUAUAAAACAGACAAACUGGGCCUUGGAAAAGUCUCAAUAAACAAUAGUGAGACUGUGAGAGAGACCAAUUCCAAAACAGAAUAGCCAGCUUUCAGAGAAGUCUAUAGUGAUGUCUAUCACUGAUCCUUGUUAGUUAAAAAUCAACAGAAACCCAUCUCAGAAAACUUCUUCAAAAGCUUCCCUUUUGAUUAUUUAGUCUUUCCACACUGACUCAUUUAUAUAUACUGCAUAUAGCAUGAGAAAACUCAGAGGCUACAAGCUCAGACGCAAGGUGGUCAAGAUUUUCAAAUGGAUAAUCCGACGCAAAAGAAAACCCACAAGCACAAGGUACCACCUUUUGGACCCUCCGACCCGGACCCGAACCCUGAACCCGAUGUCCAAAAUCAUCAACUUGGCUCGGUGUCUUACGCGUGGAGCAAAGGAACUGUGUCUUCACAAUUCCAAUUCGGAUCCGGAUUACAUACGGUUGGGUCAAGACCCGGUGGAAACAAUAAAGUCAGAAGGUGUACCAAAAGGGCGCUUGGCGGUCUACGUGGGCGAAUCAAAUGAUGACACGCAAAGGUAUUUGGUGCCUGUGAUAUAUUUCAAUCACCCACUGUUUGGGGAGCUGUUAAAGGAGGCUGAGAAUGUAUACGGGUUCAAUCAUCCGGGUGGUAUAACAAUACCAUGUGGGGUUUCCGAGUUUGAGAGAGUGCAGACUAAGAUUGCAGCAGGGGAACGAAGCCCACGUCAAAGGUGGAGGCGUCCUAAAUUUUGAUUGAUGAUGAAAAUUAGUCCGCUAGGUUAGCAGGUUCAGUGUUUCUGCACAUGACCCGAUACGAUACAGUCAUGUAUCCAUUAUCCAAUACUUACUACAUGUCUGUAUUAUAUUGGAUUCAAUCAUCAAUGCACAAGACGCAAAUCUCUCCUUGAAUAGAAUAUGAUAAUUGAUGA